AUGAAGUUCACUGCCGCUGUCCUUGCUUUCGCCGCCGGCGCCCAGGCUGGCUACGCUGUCUCCAACGUCACCUACACCACCGAGGUUGUCACCGCGUAUACCACAUACUGCCCGUACGCUACCACUAUCGUCCAUGGCAGCAGCACCUACACUGUCUCUGAGCCCACCACCCUGACAAUCAGCGACUGCCCCUGCACCAUCAGCAAGCCGGUCUACAGCUCCAGCUCUGUUGAGUGCAGCACUUGCACCACUGCGACGCCGAUCCCGUCGUCUGUCAGCUACCCCAACAGCACCAUCUCCACCAGCACCAGCGCCGCUGUCACCUACUCCACUGGUGCUCUCCCAACAUCCACUGCCGGUCCCACUGCUACUCCCGUCGCUACGGCCGGUGCUGGCAAGAUUGCUGCUCUUUCGGGCGCGGCUCUGGCCGGUGUCCUCGGCCUCGCUGCUCUCCUCUAA